AUGAUACCAAAUGGUUUUCCAUUUAUCAAUCCGAAUCUCAUGGCAGCAGCUAACAUUCAGCAGCAAAUUCUUUUACAGCAGAGAGUAGCCAUGUCAGGAGCUGGCGGAAUUCCACAAAUUCCUAUGAUCCCGAUGCCAGCUCAUAGUGCCGUGGCUGCGCACGCAGCGGCAGCAGCAGCUGCUGUUGCAGCUCCAACCAGACCGUCUCCAAUGCUAGUCCCUCCAGGAAUGGGAAUGGAAGAUUCGACAGCGUCACCGGCUGAAUCAGAGUGGUCGGAACAUCCACACACCGAUGGACGAAGCUAUUACUACAACAAAAUAACAAAGCAGUCGUCUUGGGUGAAACCAGAUGCUCUUAAAACACCCCAGGAGAGAGCCGCAAGUGCGAAACAAGCCCAGCAAAGUGUUUGGAAAGAGUUCGAAGCCGAUGGAAAACCUUACUAUUACAACACAAUUACUAAGAAAACGCAAUGGGUUAAACCAGAAGGAGAAAUUAUCACAAGUAAGUAUUCUCUAACCAUUUUUUUUCACAAAUUUUACGUUUCAGAACACGAGCAACAGCAGAAAACAACGACUACGACAACCACCUCUGUCACCAUUGACACCAACGCCCUCGCUGCGGCUGUUCAACAAAAAAAAGCCGAAUCCGAUUUGGACAAAGCCAUGAAAGCUACUUUAGCUGCUAUGCCUAAUGUUCCUCUACCAUCGGAGAAGAAGGAAGAUGACACACAAGUUAACGAUGAAGUCGAAUUGAAGAAAAGGCAAUCGGAACGGUUCCGUGAUUUACUACGAGAUAAAUACAACGAUGGAAAAAUCACUACAAGCUGCAAUUGGGAUCAAGCCGUUAAAUGGAUUCAGAAUGAUCCACGUUUCCGAAUCUUGAACAAGGUUUCGGAAAAGAAGCAACUGUUCAACGCCUGGAAAGUUCAGCGAGGAAAAGAAGAACGAGAUGAAAAACGUUUGGCGAUCAAAAAAUCAAAAGAAGAUUUGGAAAAGUUUUUGCAAGAACAUCCAAAAAUGAAGGAGAGUUUGAAGUAUCAAAAAGCAUGCGAGAUGUUUGCCAAGGAUCCAUUGUGGAUGGCUGUGAAUGAUGAAGAUAGGAAAGAGAUUUUCAAAGAUUGCAUUGGCUUUGUUGUUCGACGCGACAAAGAGAGGAAGGAACAAUGUCGUACUCGCAAUCUAGCGGCAUUCAGUCAUAUUCUACAAAGUAUGGACCAGAUUAUCUAUAACACGACUUGGGCACAAGCUCAACGGAUGCUCAUUGAAAAUCCACAAUUCGCCGGAGACACAAAUCUUCAGUUAAUGGAUAAGGAAGAUGCUCUCAGCGUUUUCGAGGAACAUAUAAAGCAAGCCGAGAAAGAGCACGACGAGGAGAAGGAACAGGAAGAAAAACGAUUGCGUCGACAACACCGAAAGACUCGCGAAGAAUACCUUUUGCUUCUUGCUGGUCUACACAAAAGAGGAGAAAUAACAUCAAUGUCUCUGUGGUCGUCCUUGUUCCCUAUCAUUUCUACUGAUACUCGUUUUGAACACAUGCUUUUACAACCUGGAUCUUCACCACUGGAUCUUUUCAAAUUCUUUGUAGAGGAUCUCAAGGAGCAAUACAUAGAAGAUCGUAGGCUGAUUAAGGACAUUAUGACCGAAAAAGACCUCCACAUCAUUGCGACAACAGAUUUUAAGGAAUUUUCUGAGUGGAUUAUGAGCCAUCCAAAAGGAGAGAAAGUCGAUCAGGGAAACAUGAAGCUCUGUUACAAUUCAAUGGUCGAGAAGGCUGAAAACAAAGCAAAAGACGAGGAGAAGGAGUUGGUGAGAAGGAAGCGAAGAUUGGAAAGUGAAUUUAGAAACCUUCUCAAAGCUCACAACGUGGAUCAAUCUUCUGAAUGGGCUGUUAUCAAGCCAAAAUUAGAGCAAGAGAAGGCUUAUCUGGCCCUGGAAAAUGACGAGGAGCGAGAAGAUGCUUUCAAUCAUUACAAAAAUGGAACAGCUGGACCUUAUACUUUGGAUGUUUUGGAGAAGAAAAAAAAGAAGAAGGAUAAGAAGAAGAAGAGUAAAAGAAGUGAUUCUCGGAGAUCAAGAAAGCGCAGCCAUUCCCACACUGAUUCUCCUCGUCACUCAUCUGAUAAACGUAAAAGACAAGAAUCUGAAACAGAUUAA